AUGUUUGUCUACAAGAGAGACGGACGCAAAGAGCGCGUACAAUUCGACAAGAUCACUGCGCGUGUCUCUAGACUUUGUUACGGCCUUGACCCCGAGCAUGUCGAUGCUGCUGCUAUCACACAAAAGGUCAUUUCUGGUGUCUACCAGGGUGUUGGUACCGUUGAACUGGACAACUUGGCUGCCGAGACUGCGGCAUACAUGACUGUGACACAUCCUGACUAUGCCAUCCUUGCUGCCCGUAUCGCCGUUUCGAACCUCCACAAGCAGACCAAGAAGCAGUUCUCCCUGGUCAUUCAAGAUCUCUACCACUAUGUGAACCCAAGGAACAAUGUCGCAGCACCAAUGAUAUCGAAAGAGACAUACGAGAUUGUCAUGAAACAUGCGGAUGAGCUUAACUCUGCUAUCGUGUACGACCGUGAUUUCAAUUACAACUUCUUCGGUUUCAAGACCCUUGAGCGGUCGUACCUGCUGCGGAUUAAUGGAAAGGUUGCUGAGCGUCCUCAGCACCUGCUGAUGCGGGUUUCUGUGGGAAUUCACGGCAAUGACAUCGAGAAGGCGAUUGAGACCUACCACUUGAUGUCCCAGAAAUACUUCACUCAUGCCUCCCCCACCCUGUUCAACGCUGGUACCCCGCAGCCCCAGCUGGCCUCGUGCUUCCUUGUCGACAUGAAGGCAGACAGCAUUGAGGGUAUCUAUGACACCCUGAAGACCUGUGCUAUGAUCUCCAAGACCGCCGGUGGUAUUGGUCUCAACGUCCACUGCAUCCGUUCGACAGGCUCCUACAUUGGCGGAACCAACGGUACCUCCAACGGUCUCAUCCCUAUGCUCCGCGUUUACAACAACACUGCUAGAUACGUCGACCAGGGAGGCAACAAGCGUCCCGGUGCUUUUGCUAUUUACCUUGAGCCCUGGCACGCGGAUGUCUUUGAGUUUUUAGACCUUCGCAAGAACCACGGUAAGGAGGAGGUCAGAGCCCGUGAUCUGUUCUACGCUCUGUGGACACCCGACCUAUUCAUGAAACGUGUUGAGUCCAACGGUGACUGGACUCUUUUCUGCCCUAACGAGGCUCCUGGCUUGGCCGACGUGUACGGUGACGAGUUUGAGGCUCUCUACGAGAAGUAUGAAAAGGAAGGCCGUGGCCGCCGGACCGUCAAGGCUCAGAAGCUUUGGUACGCCAUUCUUGAGGCCCAGACCGAGACCGGCAACCCAUUUAUGUUGUACAAGGAUGCCUGCAACCGGAAGAGCAACCAGAAGAACCUGGGAACCAUCCGCAGCUCCAACCUCUGCACUGAGAUCGUUGAGUACAGUGCUCCCGAUGAGGUUGCUGUUUGCAACUUGGCUUCGCUUGCCCUUCCUACUUUCGUCGACGCUGCUCGUGGCGAAUACGACUUUGGCAAGCUUCACGAAGUCGUGCAGGUUCUGGUUCGCAACCUGAACCAGAUCAUCGACAUCAACUACUACCCCGUUCCUGAGGCCAAGAAGAGCAACAUGCGCCACCGCCCUAUUGCUCUCGGUGUCAACGGUCUUGCCGACGCUUUCCUUGCUCUGCGUCUGCCUUUCGACUCGGCCGAGGCCAAACAGCUGAAUAUUCAGAUCUUCGAAACCAUUUACCACGGUGCUUUAACCGCCUCUUCCGACAUGGCUAAGGUACACGGUACCUAUGAGACCUAUGAGGGCUCUCCCGUCUCUCAGGGUAUCCUCCAGUACGACAUGUGGGACCGCACCCCCACCGACCUCUGGGACUGGGACACGCUGAAGGGCAAGAUCGCGCAGACUGGUGUUCGCAACAGUUUGCUGGUGGCCCCUAUGCCCACUGCCAGUACCAGUCAAAUUCUGGGCUUUAACGAGUGCUUCGAGCCGUACACGUCGAAUAUCUACUCCCGCCGUGUGCUAGCUGGUGAGUUCCAGGUCGUCAACCCCUGGUUGCUCAAGGACCUGGUCGACCUUGGUCUCUGGUCGGACAACAUGAAGAACCGUAUCAUCGCCGAUGGUGGUUCCGUCCAGAACAUCCCUAACAUCCCUGCCGACAUCAAGGCCCUGUACAAGACCGUGUGGGAGAUUUCUCAGCGGUCGAUCCUGCAGAUGGCUGCCGACCGUGGUGCCUACAUCGACCAGUCCCAGUCUCUCAACAUCCACAUGAAGGAGCCCACCAUGGGCAAGAUUACCAGUAUGCACUUUGCUGGCUGGAAGAUGGGAUUGAAGACUGGCAUGUACUACCUGCGUACAAUGGCCGCCUCCGCUCCAAUUCAGUUCACUGUCGACCAGGAGCAGCUCCAGGUUGCUGAUACCAACGUCGCUCGUGAAACCAGUGCAUACAAGAAGCGCGUUGGUGGCGGGGCAUCCAGUGCUUCCUCGGCUGUUCCUCGCGAGGAGAACGGACAUGCUGAGCAAGAAGCUCCUCGCACGACUGCUGAGGCCCCGGCUGCCCCCAACGGCGGUGAGGCAGAGCAAGGUUCGCAAGAUAACGGCGAGCAAGAGACCGGGGACAUUUUCUCGGAGCAGGUGCUCCAGUGCAGCAUUGAAAAUAAGGAUGCGUGCAUAAUGUGCCAGGGUUAG